GGUCUACCAGCCCUGUACCGAGUAACGGGGGAAAGGUCAUCGAAACCUACUGUGACGUUGCAGGUAAAUACGAUCCCGGUCACGUUACACCUAGACACGCAAGCAGACGUCACGGUCAUCACAGAGAAACAUUUUGAGAGUCUUAAAGGAACAAGCCGCCUCCAGCCGACAAAAGCUGUCAUUAGGAGUUACUCAGGAGAUGGACCAGGACCGGCCUUACUCUUACUAGGCUGUUUCACCAACUCUCUAAGCCGAAACCAAAAAAGCAUCGUAGAAGUUGUGUAUGUAGUCAAAGGCCAAGGGAACACUGCACUUGUAAGCCGCCAAGCAGGCGAAAGAAUGGGCCUCAUAGAGUAUCACAUCGAGCAGAUAACCAAAGCCCCCUUCCCCAGCAAUGGAGGUGGAACGACCAGAAAUAAACAACUUGAUCGCAGAGUAUGAGGCUGUCUUUACUGGUAUUGAAAGCUGAAAGGUGUGACUGUAAAGCUGCACGUCGUACCCGUGGCCCCAGGUGCUAUUCAGAAACAAAGAAGAAUAUCCAUACCCCUAAAAGAAAAGUUUGGUCAAAUCCUGGACAGGUGGCACAAUCUAGACAUCAUAGAGGAUGUAGGAGACGAACCGACAGAUUGGUGCAGUAACGUGGUACUCACUCCUAAGAACGACGGUGAAAGUGUUAGGGCCGGUCGACAUGAACGAUGGUUACAUGCAGCUAGAGUUAGCAGAAGAGAGCAGGAAGCUGACAACGUUUUACACCCAUCGCGGACUCAAGCGUUUCAAGAGGCUGCAUUCUGGCCCUCGGUUCAACCUACGAUCGGUGACAUUCUUUGGCAUGGUAUUCUCUAG